AGAUCAGGAAAAAGCGAAUUCCUGCAAAAAAGAAGUGCAGCCAUUAUUGUCUUGACAACGGAAGCCGUAUGCACUUCUUGUUCUGACACCCAUCACGUCCACCUGCGGAAGAAGCCCUCGGAACAUUUGCAAAUACAGCAGUGAUCACAACCCUACGCUCCGGCCUCUAAAUAAAGCUUCUUCCAGGAAAUAGAGCCAGAAGGAAGCAGUGCAUGCACGAGGAAGAGGCUGACAUCCACCAAUGAGAUGGGGCAAGUCUUCCAGCAAGACAGGUGCCCUGAACAUAACGUCAUAUCCCAGGCAGGAAGGAAGCGCGUUCCACGGACAGGCUGGGUGUACAGGAAUGUGAAACAACCGGAAAGUGUAUCAGAUCACAUGUACAGAAUGUCGAUGAUGGCUUUAACAAUCACAGACCGCAACGUCAACAGGGACAGAUGCAUGAAGUUGGCUUUGGUCCAUGACAUGGCAGAGUGUAUCGUGGGUGAUAUUGCUCCAGCAGAUAACAUCAGCAAAACGGAGAAGCAUAGAAGGGAAGAGGAGGCUAUGAAACACCUGACCGGGCUGCUACAGGAAGAUUUGAGGAAAGAAAUUUACGAACUGUGGACAGAAUACGAGCAGCAGUCGAGCCCGGAGGCCAGGCUGGUGAAGGAGCUGGACCAGCUGGAGAUGAUCCUGCAGGCCCACGAGUACGAGGAGCUGGAGCACACCCCUGGCAGGUUGCAGGAGUUUUUCGACUCCACGCAAGGCCGAUUCCACCACCCCGAAGUCCUCCAGUUGGUGAAGAGUUUGAAUGAGGAGAGAGCUGGUCAUAUAGCCACAGGGAGGAAGAGCUCUUCUGAAGGUUGCCAGACCACAGACAAUCAGUCUAACAGACCGGCUGGCACUUCUUGACCUCCAGGCCCAUCCUCCGUGUUCUUAUGUUCGUCAGUGGAAGGGAGGCCAUUUUAUUUGUUUGUUUAUGUUUUUCAUGCAGCAAGCCACUCAUAACUGCCCCACACAGUUUCAUAAUGUGGGUUCCUUUGGCCAGUCAGAGUGACUGUUGAGUAAAAAUGGCUGAAUUUGAAAACUGCUCCCCGAAUCAGCAGGAUAAUAUGAAACGUCUCAGUAUGGCAGUUCAUGUGCUACCUCCUUUUAUUUUGUAUAUAUUUUAUUGUUGCAUGGGGUCAGCAGUUCCUCUUAAGACCAGGCUGUGUGCUCUCAUUUUUGUAUACCGGUUCAAGUUAUACUCUUGUACACAAAUGUGUGUAAGUGCAGACUACCAAUGUUAGCUCUGGCAUUAACAUAUAGGCCUAUGUCAAGCAUUGUUCUGAAAUGUACUAGUAGUAUUAAACAAUGUGUGAAUAAAGAACAACAGAUCCCAAUUUACAAUUGGUAUUUUAAUAAUAUACCUGCAGAAAACAGUUCAGUAUGUCCAUACAGUGGGAAACUGUAACCGGGUAGCUAGCCACACCUUUUGUUUUUAAAAAAGCAUGAUGGGAUUGUAUGUAACAGAUCAUAACCAAUGGUCUUAAAGUGAACAUUGAAAUAAGAGGGACAGUUAAAAGACAUUUGCUCAUGAAAACAUCGAUGACGACCUGUUACCAACCACAAUUAAAACCACAGCAAAAUAGUUUUAAAACCACAGAUGAAUAAAAACAUAGAUCAAUCAAA